CGGGAGCCGCCUGUGACGCGAACGCGCCGCGACGCGCCGUGACGCAGUUCCCGUGCGCGCCGAGCCCUGACGAUCGGAGUGGCGGCCUCUGCGAUUUGAAUUCUCCGAGCAGUGAGGGUGACAGCGGGGCUCCCGCCGGCCUUCGGGAGGCUCCUCGGCGUGCGGACAGCCCUGAGCCCGCCGGCCACCGCAUUCGCGUCCGGCCGAGCGGCGUGUGCGGCCUCCUGGCGUCCGGCUCCGCGCCCAAGGAGUUAGUUGCUGCUGCUUUUCAAGAUGACGACUGUGCCUCUGAAGCAUGGAGAAAGUCUCCUGUCUGCACAGACGUCUUCUCCAAGCAGAAAUAUGCCCGUGCACGCAGUCCUGUUCGACAGCAUCCCUGCAGGCACACUGACUCCUAUAAAGGAGCUGGCCAAGUAUCGGAGCUCUUCUGUGAGAUCGAGCGACCAUAAAGAGAACACACUUCUUAAGAAGACAUUUUUACAUAGUAAAAAUGUCUAUCAGUCUACCAUGCUUAUAGAGGCCGCUACCUCGACUAGUUCUCUGAAUAUCAGUGCUAUAAUUCCUGCCAAGGAUAGAUUGAAUGACAAAGCAAACUAUGAAUCACCAGGCAAAGUGUUUCAAAGAAUGAAAGAAAAAGUCCUCCGUGGCCGGCAGGAGCAGCUCUCCAGAAGCAGUGAUUUGUUGACUGCGUCGGAAAAUGAAGCCCAGCAGGUGACUGGAUAUCAACAGGAAAAGAAAACACCUCUGCGUGACGUAACUUACGAGCUUUCACAUCUGAACCAAGAGCAGGAAAACGUCUCUAACAGGGUACUAACUAGAGCUCAGACGGCUCAACGGGUCCUUCACUCCAGGGAGAAUGUUGCUGCCACCAGUGCAUUUAAGAAGGACACAUUUGUUCUAAAUGAUGCUGGUUCUGCCUGUGAAAAGCCCGAGGGCGCUACUGUUGACAUCUUUAAUACUAACGAUGGUACUUUUACACAUGCUGACCAAUUACUGGUUUCUGAUAGCAAGUUGACAACAGAAGAAAUUUCAGAGCAGAAAGUGAAGAAAGAGAAUGGGAAGACAGUGCUAGUAGAGACGGACCUUUCAGGUUCUGUGAAUGAUACAUGUAAAAUCGUGCUCGCAACUCCAAGACAUAUAACAAUACCUACAAGAUCAAAAACAAGUGCUUCGAAUCUUCAAAGUGUGUUUCAAACUACUACAAGUGGAGUUGAAAAAAAUAAGGUAGUGCAGAUAAAGGAGUGGAUAAUCAAAGUCAUCAAUCACAGUACUGCCAUAUGUGUAGAAGGAAAAUUAAUAGACAUCGCUAACAUCUACUGGCACAGCAAUGCAAUUAUAGAACGGAUCGAGCACAGAAAGCUUAGGACUUCAUCUGGCAACAUCUAUAUAUUAAGGGGAAUGAUAGAUAAGACCUCUAUGAUAGAAGAAGGAUAUCCACAUCAUCUCAUACGGAAGUUCAUGUUUGGGUUUCCAGAAAAAUGGAGAGAGUACAUUGAUACGUUUCUAGAACAGCUGAGGUCAUGUAAAAAGAAAGGGAGGAAUGCCAGACAGAAAAAGAAAACUGGAAAAUCAUUGAAAAGUGAUGCAGGAGAAAACCAAGCAGGCAGCCUCCAAAGAGACCGAGCACCUUGCAGCACGGCCUGCGGUCACCUGGAACCGAGGGAUUCUGAAGGCAGCAGAUUCCCAGGAGCUGCAGACACAGACAGCAGCUACAGUGACCAGCAACAGAAGCCCAUAGGAAGGCUCUCCGAUGGCCGAAUGCACAACCAUAUUCCAAAUGGAAGAGACUGUGGCCCGUCUCAGCAGGAAUUAGUUACAAACUGUAAAGAAAACAAGUUGUCUUCAAAGAGACUUGGAAAUCAGAAAAGAAGAGCCGAUGAAAGACGAGCUGAAAGUCAGAAGCAAGAGAAUACUAAAGAAUUAGAUGUACCCACUGACAUCCUGACUUCAAAGGAACAGUGUUUCUCAGAUGAAGAAAGUAAAUGUAUGUCUGUUCGUCAGAGGGAAGCUUAUGUCUUGGUAACCCCACUUAGAUCUAAAAUGAUGAUUGAACAGAAAUGCAUGAAGCACAAUGUGGCCUUUGGCAUGAAAGCAGGAAUCGAGUUUGCAAAACACCAAAGAGAAAGGGAACCAGCCUUCAGUGACGUUACGAGUUUGAUCAGUAAUUCCACAAAAACUUUAGAGAACACAUCUGCAUGGAUCCAGGGUCCUAAAAAGGAGAGUGAGGAAGAUCACUGUGAACGUGAUAUCCUUACUGUUGAGCAGAAAAGAAAAAUACCUAGUUCUAGAAAGAGACGAGUGAUAACCCCUCAUGUGAAGGCAAAUACAAGGGCUUCGGAACUGAGGGAAACCAACACUCAAGUUGCCGUGUCCCUUUACAAGCAGCUGUCCUCAUCAGAUUUCUCUAGUGACGAGAGUGAGACAGAAAAGAACAUCAGAAACAAAAGUGGCGUGAAGAAAGUCAGCACGAGAGAGGCCCGAGAAAUGGCUCCCCUGAGGAAAGGUGCAGCGAGCAGCACCCAGAGAAUCCAGGUGGUUUCUGAGUCUGAGACUGACGGGAGUGAGCUGGAGUUCUGUAUCAAGCCGAAGACGAGGCACUCUGCGAAAGGCGCUGCGCAGAAACCUGGCGCCAGAAACAAGUUCCGAGUCAUCGAGGCCGCGGAGUCUGAGAUCAGCAGGCGCUCCUUACAGCGUCGGCCCGGGCCCGGGCCAGAGGAGUGGAGCGAGCAGGAGUUACAGAAGCUUCACUGUGCUUUCACGUCUCUGCCAAAGCACAGACCUGGUUUCUGGUCAGACGUGGCCAUUGCUGUAGGUUCUCGAUCUGCUGAAGAAUGCCAGAGGAAAUUCACAGAAGACUCUCGGGGAAAUGGGGCCCAGAAACACGUCACCAAGAAAAAGCCAGUUGCUGCCAAGGACCAAAAUGGCAAAGCAGACGAUGCUGCUAAGCCAGCUGUUCAGAUCACUGCCAAAGUGGGGACGCUCAAGAGGAAGCAGCAGAUGAGGGACUUCCUGGAGCAGCUGCCGAGAGAUGACCGGGACGAUUUUUUCAGCACAACGCCACUACAGAAUCAAAGGCUACUGUUGCCAGAUCUCCUGGACUUUCAAGAAGAUGAUAGUCUGCCAGAUAUGGACAGAAAUGCAGCAAGCCCACCGUCCGUUAUCUUCCCACUGGCCAAGACUCCUCGGUGCAGACACGUCAGUCCUGGCAUGCUGGCUUCUGUAAACAGGAAUGACUGUGAUAAAUAUGUUUUUCGAAUGCAAAAGGACCAUAAGAAUAAAGGUGGUAUUGUCUGGGGCAAUGUCAAGAAGAAAACAGUUGAGGAGGAUUUUUCGACUCCACCAUCAAGACGAGCUCCAUUCAACAAAGAAUUAAGAGAAUACUCUGGAACUGGAAAACUGUUCACUAAUGCUAUGGAAGCGUUAGAUGAAGAAGAGAAAGAUUACUAUUUUUCAAACUCUGAUUCUUCAUAGUACAGAAAUACUAUCACCGUGAUUUUUAUCAAGAAGCAUAGUUCAUUUGAUAUUCACUUGAAAUACAUCUAUCUUGUGAUUAGAAUUUCUGUCUCUAAUUUGCCUCAUUAAAGUUUAACUUCUUUUGCAGAACCACUGUGCUGUCUCCUCAGCAUAGUUUAACUUCUAUACGUGCCUACGUAUCUUUGUAAUGUGGCUUCAUAUAAAAUUGCUCCUUUUCAGUGGUUUCAUGUGUUUGUAUUAUAUCAAAUUCCUCAUUGCUACAACUUACUGAAAAUGAAAGGGAAAAUGUUUUGUCUGUAUAGAAAUGUAUAAAUGUGGGGGUUUUGUAACAUUAAAAUAUAUUUAGAUAUA